UGAUGUUCACUACGGUGUAUAAAUCGGUUCACAACUGUAGUUUGCUUCCCAGGUCCCUCGCCCCCUGCCACGCUCAUUCCCGUCCCUCAUUUUCCCCUACUAUGCUCCUUGCUGAUGAUACCCAUGCGCCUUGUUGAUGACAUUCCUUUGAUAGAAAGACGAUAACUGUGUUAGCUCAGCCACUACGGUUAUUUCUCUUACUUGGUUAGCUACGCCAGAAACUUGUUUAACCUCAUGGAAGUUGAACCCACGACUCUACUAGUCCUCUUUCAUGAAGAUUCUCCCUAGUAAGUUUGUUCUACUACGUAGAGUAGUUUAUAGAACGGAUGUAGGAUGGACUUGGAUGGAUCGGAUGGAACGGAUGGACUUUCCACCAUUUCAAGUAGGAUCGGAGGAAUCAGGGGGGUCCAUCCGAUCCAUCCGAUCCAUCCAAGUCCAUCCUACAUCCGUUCUAUAAACUACUCUACGUAGUAGAACAAACUUACUAGGGAGAAUCUUCAUGAAAGAGGAUUCUAGUAAGUUUGUUCUACUAGGUUCUUGGUCAACAACUACGACGCGGAAAUAGAUUUUACGUACGACACGGUUAGUUUCUACCUCCCUAGGUAAUAGAUACAAACAAGAUGCCAACAGCCAAGCCUCGCUUCGCUACCCUAGACAGUGACGAGGAGGACGUUUUUGUGAAGAAGUCGCCGGGUAAAGCGGCUGUUUCCCCGAGUUCGUCUUCCGACUCGUCUUAAGGCUUGAGUUCAAAUAAUGAUGAAGGUCCUAGGAGAGACGUGCUUCUCAAGAGAAAAACAGUGAUGAACGAAGUCACCAGAGGAGAGACGUGCUUCUCAAGGGAAGAACUGUUUCCCCACCAUGGUCCUCAGCAAGAUAGAUACUAGAACUACUAGAUUUUCAUAGUCGUGAAUGCUCACCUCCUCGAGGCGAGCCAGCUCCUAUCCUAUCCUAUCAUGAGCUCUAAUCCUCGUCAGAAGACUCGUCUUCCGAUUCUGAUUGCUCUUCUGAGUCGGGAACUCCGAGUACCAGUGUGCAGCCUCCUGCACAAAUAGAACUCCUGGAUCAUACAGGAAAGAACGACGAAGAAAAGGAGAAGGAAGUGGAAGAAGAUUUGAGUAAGAAGACCUUGUUGGUGACAGAGGAUAAGGAGGCCCCUCAAGACGUGGUGAAGAAAGAAAAAAGUGUUGAGAACGAGGACAAAGAUGCUAAGGCUCAAGAUGAAGAAUCCACGAAAACGCAAGAAGUUGAUGUUGUACCUCAAAAUUAUGAGGAGAUGGACGCAGUAGUGAAAGAACAACAAGUACAAGAUGUUGAUGAACUAGCUGCUGCGCCACCGACUUCUGCAACUGACAACACACCACCUAGUACAUCUGAGACUGACAACAAGAACAAAGAUGUUGAUGGAGCCUCUUCAUCUGACAACUCAUCUAGUGAUGACAGUUCCUCAGAUGGAUCAUCUUCGGGAUCCGGCAGUCCAACAGCUGUGGAGCAAGCUGCGACGGCUGUGGAGCCAGAUGCGACUGCUGUGGAGCAAGCUGCUCCUGUGGUUGCGGCAAAAGAAGUGACUGAGGCGGAAGAAAAUGCUGCUACUGUAGUUGCCGCGGCAAAAGAAGUGACUGAGGCGGAAGAAAAUGCUGCUACUGUAGUUGCGGCAAAAGAAGUGACUGAGGCGGAAGAAAAUGCUGCUACUGAGGUAGGGUUAUUUGCUUCACUGUUUAAGUGCAACAGCAACUACGAUGACAGAUUUAAGUGCUGUCAGUAGUUUAACUUUUUUAUGAGUAUCUAUAACGAUCCUACUUCCUAGAAGCUGACGAAAACUCCUGUAAUCUUCUUCAGAAGUCCUAUAUUUUCCCAUCCUCAACAUCUACAUCGUCAAAGAAAAAGAAUCACUCAGGUUACCCUUGACGACAAGCAUGCUCGUGCAGACCAGUUGGAAAAACGUCUGCGCAGUUCUUUCCAUUCAUUCACCGAGUUGCAAGAGUGUUUCACCGCUCUCGCCUCUGAUCCGGAUGCUGCAGAUUAAGGCUCAAAAUGAUUCUAAUUCUUCAGUGUGAAAUGAACUGUUUUAGCCUUUUUUCCUACUUUUUAAGAUUCUGUUGAUCUGAGGAAAUGAGCGUGAUACGAAGUGAUAUGAAUUGUCAAUCGUUUUUACCUCCUCUCUAAGCAUGACUAUUGUCCAGUGACUUGGUUGCUUCCGCAGCUGCCACCAUGCACGUGCGCCACUGCAUCGUGCGUCUCGAGACUGCAGUCAUAGGCCAUGACACGGCUCAAGAUGAUGCACCUUUGCGUACAGAGGUCACGCGUGCAUUGAGUGCGCAGAAGGAGCAUGGUGAACAGGUCGAUGAAACGGCGGCCGAGGAGCUGGCGGAGAAGCUGGAGGAAGCGAAGAAAAAACUGGAGACUCCAAGUCCAAAUACCACAACUACUACAUCAUCUUCCACCACUGCUGCCUCAGAAAGAGCUAGCGUCGAAGAAGAAGAACAGGUUGUAGAACAGGAGGGUGUUGAACAUGUGAAAGAGCAGCCGACUCAAGAUCAACAACUGGAUGUUGUUAUCGAACAAGAUGAUGAGAAAGAGAAAGCCUCUGUUCGUGCUGCUACACAGAUCCAGGCAGUUUUGCGAGGCAAGAAUGCUCGCAAGAACGAGAUUGAGCCUCUUCGGUUCGAGAAAAAACAACUACGUCUCAACGCAGCAGCUCAGCGCAUCCAACAAGGGUUUAAGCGCUAUCGCACUCGCCAAGCCUGGCUCGCUCUGAUCGAAAAGCAGCAGGCGGAAGCCGCGUUAGUCUUUCAGAAGCAUUUGCGAGGUAAGCGUGCGCGUGACGAAGUUGCAGAACUACGUGAACAAAAGAAGAGGAAUGACGAGGAGGCAAACCUUGGGGCACGUCGCAUUGCGGCAGCAACUCAGAUCCAGUCUGGAUUCCGAGGUUUGGCUGGGCGCCGCUUCGCUGGCGAAUUGCGUCAGGCUAAAAUAACUGCAGCACUCGAAGUACAACGACAACUGGAGGAACAAGAACGCAAGGAGAACACUGCCGCGUCGAAAAUCCAACGAUCUCACCGAUUGGGCAUCUGGCGACGAACUCGUGGUACUGCUGUGACGACUUUGCAGACGCUUGUUCGUGCUUUUCUAGCGCGCAAACGCGUAGCUCAACUGCGAGAAGAAGCAAUCAUGCAAGCGAAAGCGGAGUCUCAAGUCGCCGUCCGCCUACAGGCGAUAGCUCGUGGUCGCAAUGCACGUUCGCAACUAGCUUCGGAGCAGAAGGCUGCUGUCAAGCUUCAGUCGAUCCAGCGUGGGCGUCAGAGCCGCAAAGCCCUUGCCUCGAUCAAGGAAAUUCAUCUACGACAAGUCACUGCGGUGAUCCGUUUUCAGACCGCUUUUCGACGUCGACGCGCACAACGUGAGUUUGGCCACACGAAAGCCACAGCUGUGAAGAUCCAGAGCCACUUUCGUCGCAAGCGCACUCAGGAAACGGUGUUUCGACCUCUGCAGGACUUAAGGGAUCAGCUUCUUGCAGUUCUCGAUGGCUUAAGUGUGCCAGAAGCAGCACAACAAGUUGUAGGUGAAGAAGGUGAAGCAGUCAAAGCACCUAUGGAGGACAUGAUCACCCGAUUCUCCGAGAUUAUCGAUGCUUGCGAGGAAAAGCAGAUCUGCGGUACUCGCUUGGCGGAGGCCCGGGAACUCCUGGAGCUUUGGCCACAGCGUGUCAAACUGACCACAGCAGUGCGAGAAGGCGUGGUGGAAGCGAAAGCGUUGUUGUUUUGUUUGGAUGAGGAGAAAAUUAUAAUGAACACUGCAAAAACCAGCACAAGACCUGCUUCUCCGUCUUCCCCUAGUGGUCUAACAAGGACUACAACAUCAAGUUGUACACCAAAAAUGUUAUUCCUUGCCGAAGAAACCUCUCUGCAACAACUUUCCUCCUUGUGUGAAGAGGCUGCAGCUUUGAACACGACAUUGGUCGCGUAUGGAAAACCUAGUUUCGUUAAGGCCCCACGACCCAAUCCACAUGAUAUCCGUCUAAGAUCCCUAGUACUACCUUUCCCGAACAAAAUCAAACUCGAGAGGACCCUUGGUCUAAAACUGAUCAUCUGUGGUCUGUUUUCAAGGAGAAAAGUGUUGAACACAGAUCGAUGAGGCAAAAGAUAGGUGGACUGUACCAGUAAGUUCUUCUAACCUCGGAUCUGUGCCUUCCCUAGCAGCACUGUCAACGCUUUGUGCAGGGAUGAAGCGCAAGAUCACAGCCGUGCGAGAGUUGGAGGACGCUCUUGAGUCGAAUCUUGGAUCGCAAUUUGUGGAGCACUCUCGGAGGAUGAAGAGGAGUAAUGACGGUACUAACGAGAUCAUUGCAGAAAACACAACCACAACAUCAACUCUGCUAACAUCUUCGUCUACUUCUACUUCUAGUACAACAAAACUAGGACUACUUCUGUCGCCGGAAGGAGCGUCGCGUGAAGCUGUCUCUCUCUCUUCAAAUACCGAGGAAGAAAAUCAAGAGCUUGAAGAUGAAGAACUUCUGGUGGAAACAUCAGAUGAAUCAGAAGCGAUUCUUCAACAAGCAACACUCGAGGAUGAGGCGGACGGAUUGCUUCUGUUGGAUUGUGAUGGCGAUGCCGUUGAGUUGCUCCACGAGAAUCGCAUCGACCAAGACGAACUGCGAAUGGCACUAGAAUCUUCAGCGCUGGAUCAUGAUCAGUUAAGGCUCGGCUUUAGGUAUUCCUGUUACCGUUACGUUUGCCUUUCUUAAGGGGGAAAGGCUGCAUACCUAAGACGGAGGACACGGGGUAAGGGAACACCACCAAAGCCCUACCUCUAAAUCAAGCAGAUUCUCCUGACCAGUACAUCUCAGAAAUUGUCGAUUCUGGUGAGGCGCUGUCCACCAUUGUUGCCAGCAUCAAAGCUGUCGCCGAAUCGGCAGACCUGCCCUUAUGGCGAGUGGAGGAAGCGCGCGCUCUACUAGCUUCGUUCUGCACAGCACAGAUACGAGCGAAUUUGCGCACCGACCUGGACUUGCCGCCGGAGCAAGCGCCGUGCCCGCCUUUUUGGCUAGACUACAUGCAGAAACAGAAGGACCUGCUUGCAUCGUUGAAGGCGGCUGUGGAGGACCACGAGUUCUUUUUCAAGGUGGGCGGGGUGUCUGGUGGAGAGGCAGGGAAGAUGUCAGUGUCCUCGUCAGCUUCAGGAGCGUCAGGACCACAGCAGCAGGGACAGACAGAAGAUGUUCAAAACGAGAAGAAGAAAAAGUCGGCCUCGGCAGAUGCUUCAACAUCGUCAAUUUUCGGGUUUCUUUCGUUCUGGAGGAAGCCAGCUGCUGGCACACAACUGGCUGAAAAAAAAGUAGAGCAAGAAGAUGACCAUGCAGCCAGCACAUCGACCACUCUGUUGCUGUCUAGAACCUCUCUGUCCAAGUUGUCACCUAUCGACGUAGCCCAACACAUGCAUUAAGGCUAGAAGAAAUCCAUCUUCACAGGCAUCCUGAGACCGUUCUCAAGGAGAGAAAGGUCCUCGGAUGCGUCUCAAGAUGGAUUUCUCUUGGUUCUAAACGCAGCUGGGAGGUUCUUUGCCUAAGGAGAUUAUCGAGCUUCGUGGUGCGACAUCUGAGGCUCGAGCUCAGAUCGACCUGCUGCAUGCACUAGUGACACGCGAACAGUAUCGCUUGGAAGCUAUUGCCGAGUUGUCGGUAUUUAUUGCUGGGACGAAUGUAGAGUCAUCCGGUGUGGACGUGCCUUCGACUGCUGCCCCAUCUACUGUAGUAUCAAGUUCAUCUGAUGAAGAACAACCAGUGGUUGAGACGCAGAUGACCACAGAGGACAAGGGCAACUACAUGACAAAGGAGACCGCCAUCUUCCCUACCGCUUCUUCUCCAAGCAACAUCAAUUAAGGCUGUAGCUAAUGCAUCUUUGAAGAUGCAUCCUUGAAGCGUAUGGGGGAGUAUCCCAGUGCGAUACUCUGGCAUACUUUUCAAGGAUGCACUUGAAAGAUGAAUUACGGACAGCUCUAAAUCAGCACUGCUAUUCUGAGUACAUUCGAAUUGCAGUACAUGACUUGGAUUGCGUUUUUGAAACCCUGUGACGCCGCUUUGCAAUUGGAAUUGGAGGACUUGUACCGCAACCUCCGAGCCGUCAGCAAUGUCGAAGAAAGACUGCAUGCUGCUUUCAAACACAUCGUCCAAGGUGGGAAGAGCAAGAGUAACACGAACAUCAAGGAGGGAUCAGGAUCAUCAUCCUCACCUAGUACUACUCCGUUGAGUACUAUGUCGAACUUAGUGGCUGAGUAUCGAAAAUACGUACCGAAAGCGAGCGCGGUUGAAGAAGAUGCUGGGACAACAUCAUCAAAGACCAGCACCACUAGUGGUUCUCGUCCUAGUGCCGACCAUCUAGGACUAAGUCAACAGUCCACAUCAUCUACUACAGUUGUACUAUUGACGACUUCAAACAAGUCGCUUCAACUGUCUCAAUCUCAAAAUGAGCUGAUGAACAUCAAGGAAAAGCAGCAACUUCAGCAACCUGGUGAUGAUGCAUCUGUGUCUGUCUGUACUGACAUUUACCCGCCAAGAGAAUGUGACAUCAGUGCUGAGGAGCAAUUAUCCGUGUCUGUACGACCGCAGGAAGAACUACAACCACAACCAGUUGUAGUUGACACGAAUUCUUCAGGGCAAGGACAGGAGAACGGAGACGCAGUCGAUGCGGACGCCAAGAAGAUGCAUGCAUCUUCAUCAUCACCUUUUGCUGAGCAGGCGGUUUCUGCUGAGCUGUUUUCUCGAUUCGCAACUCUUGAGAGCGUCGAAUUUCAACAACUCAAAAGUGCUGUGGAGACGUUUGAACGAGAUACGCAGAAAAAGUUAAGGGCUGUAACGAGUCACAUCCCGCACUACCAUGAUCCACUUUGGCUCUGAUUUCUCUAGUAGGAAAGAAGCCAGGGCCAAGGGGUCACACUCACAUUGUAAGGAAUGUCAAAAUUAUUCCGUACCUUCUAAAAAAAGCAGAGAAGGAACGCCGUCGCCGAUGGGAGGACAACCUGUCUCUAUUUGAGUCUGAUACCAUGCACAUCUCUCGCAAAAGUCGACGACGCACAACGAUCGGUGUUGGUAAUGCGACACUUCUUGAAGCAGGAGAGGACAUGCGGGUAUUGUUCAUCUUGUGGAAGUUAGAGUUCAUCUUGAAGAAGUUAGAAUUUGAAUUUGGAAAUUUUGCAUGUGGUUCUGCAUUUGGAAGAUCAUGUGAGUUGUGAGAAACUCAUGGUGUUCUUUGUGGUUUUGUGAAUGAUCAAAGUUUUCUUGAACUUGAUCACCCUUUUCUUCAGGUCUCCUCCGGUGCCGGCCCCAGCAACAAGUUGUCCGCAUCUCGUUGCAGUGCUGCCAGUUGUCGAGUUGCUUAUCGUAGACGCAAAAUGGGGAUGCAAAAACGCCUUCAGCGUAUGAAGACUCAGCUUCGCAACAACUGUGUGGACGCGAAGCAGUCAGCGAUGGUUAAGGCUUUAUUCCGUAUAAUUCAUCGUCUCAUAAGAGGCAUCUUGCUGGAUAGCACGUUUUCAACUGUAUAAUUCAUCUCUCACGUAGAGGUGUAUCUUUGAAGACAUGCUUUCAAGGGGAAAAAACGUCAAAGGCAAAGAUGAAUUCAUCAUCAAGAUGAUGAAUUCAAGUAGUCGUAAGCUCUAACAUGGUCGCUGCGAAGAAUGCCUGUAUGCGAAUGCGUGCUGCAAUUGCCAUGGCCAAGGAAAUCGCCUUCGUGCUUUUAGUGCUCUACUUCGUAGCACAGCAACCCCAAGUGCAAGAGUGGAUUAAGGAGGCUAGGGGCUACUUAGAACCUUAAAUAUAUGAUUUUUUAGAGGCUAAUUAUAGAACCUUCGUUUAGUAGAAACAAUAAACAACGUGGUCAACGAGAUGGAUGAGCUCAGAUAUUCAACGUGAAUGAUUUUCAAGUACCUACUGCUUGUGAAAGGCUGUUGAAAAUAGAAGGAAGUAGAACAGAUACCAGAAAUUCAAAAUUUCUGCUUUUUACUAAGAGGACGGGCGAUUAAACACAAGCAGAAGAUUUUGAUUUGUUUAAACACAACCAGGAGAUUAAACACAACCACAAGUAUUCUUGCGAAUUGCUGUUUUUACAACAAGUUGAACAUACUCAUAUUAACUAGUACGCGUGAGAACUAAGGAAAUAGAUACAGAUAGUGGGAAUAAAAAUAAGAGGCAUGGGACGAUAAGAAAUGAAAAGCAUGAAGUAAGAAUCAUGAUCGUCAUGCAAAAACAUCAAGCUGACGCAAAAUGAAGGGAGUGCGAGUAUAUUGAGUUAUCAACAAAAACCUAACAUCAAAAUUUGGAAUAAAACGAAGCAAUGUAAAAAAAUUUUGCACUGAGUCGUGGUCUACAAUAUUUGCUAUUGCUUCCAUUAAGUAGAACAACAUGGAAAAUUCACAUUUGAUGCAUAUGCCUGGUGAUUACUAGGGUAUAAUCAGUACUCACUUCGAUAAAUGUAAAGAUUAAGAUUCGAUUUUUUCAAAAUCAGGCUUUUCAAAGCUUGUCCUCUGACUGUGAGUGAAGUCUAAGUAUGAUUUUUCCAAGAUUUUCAUAAAUCCAUAUUGUAUAGAUCGUUUGAAAAUACAACUGUAGAAAAUUGACCAGGAAAACAAAGGGCUUGUACUUGUAUCCAUCAUUUGAAAGACACAUUCAUAGAGAAACAUAAGAACUUCGAAUUCUUCGCAUAAAUCGGGAUGGCUUCGACUAAUGUGCUUAUUGCGGUGCUACAAACAUGUGCAAAGGAACUGCAUGGAUUACAUCCCUAUACUUCUGAAAGUCCGGCGUCAUCGGUGACUCGUAACUGGACAAAAUAUGCAAA